GUAUUGAUGACAUUUUGUUGCGCCGGAAAUAAAGAUCCAAAUGCUGAUGUGUUAAUCGCAGUGCGGCAGCGUUUAUUAGUUUAUUUUAUUUUAUUUAUUUUUUUUUACACCGUCAUUUAGAUCGACUGGCUGUGGUGUUUUAGGCUCUAUGUGAGACGGAUAAGCAGAAGAGAGCCGGAUAGCGAAUGGCGCCCAAAGGUAAAGUCGGCACAAAGGGCAAGAAGCAGAUCUAUGAGGAAAAUGAGGCGACGCUAAAGUUCUACACAAGAGUCAUCUUGGGAGCAAAUGCAAUAUAUGCUGCUGUAAAUUUUUUGUUUUUCUACAGCUCAUCUACAUUUUGGACAUGGCUGUUGCUUCUGUUCGCACUGGCCGUGUAUGUUGGGAGUUAUCGCUCCAUGUCUGCCAUGGCCAAGCCAGCGUUUACUGAAGAUGGAAGUCUGCUGGAUGGUGGAAUAGAUUUAAACAUGGAGCAGGGAAUGGCAGAGCACCUGAAAGAUGUCAUCCUUCUCACAGCCAUAGUACAGGUGCUCAGCACCAUCUCCUCUUAUUUCUGGUAUCUUUGGUUUCUGGCGCCUGCACGUGCCCUGCACUUGCUGUGGGUCAACUUCUUGGGCCCGUGGUUUGCAGCUGAAAGCCCCUCAGCACCAGAUGAUGUGAAUGAGAAGAAACAGAGACGACAGGAGCGCAGACAAAUGAAGAGAUUCUGAUGCUGCAAAGCAGGUGGAGCAGUAUUUUUAUACACAGAAUCUACAGAAUAUACAGAUCAUAAUUAGUAGCUUGUAAGUUAUUCAGGAAUAAUUUUAAGUUAAACUAAAUCCAAAUCUCACUGUAUUGUUCAUUUGUUUUUGCAGCUUUAUGGUGAUCUCCAGUCUUACUUUAAAUUACAGGUUAUGUUAUGGUCCAAAUAUACUUUGUUUUUGUUUGUUUUCCCCCCUGGUUCAAACUGUUGCCUGACCUCCGUCUUGCAGUAUGUUUCACCUGCAUACUUUGAGUUUAAAGUACUGCCUGUGUCACUCUUGUUGGGGUAUAUAAUUGUGUUGUUUUAGCUUUAAUUUUUCAAAAUGCGUUUUUGAAAUAAAAGGUCAUUG